GCCCUGUCCCAGGCUCCUUUGCGGGUAAACAGACAUGGCCGGCGAGGGAGACCAUCCGGACGCUGCGCGCAACAUGGGCAACCACUUGCCGCUUUUGCCUGCAGAGAAUGAGGAAGAAGAUGAAAUUGAAAUGGAAGUUGAAGACCAGGAUAGCAAAGAGGCCAAAAAACCAAACAUCAUAAAUUUUGACACCAGUCUGCCAACAUCACAUACAUAUCUAGGGGCUGAUAUGGAAGAAUUUCAUGGCAGGACUUUGCAUGAUGAUGACAGCUGUCAGGUGAUUCCAGUUCUGCCACAGGUGAUGAUGAUCCUGAUUCCUGGACAGACAUUACCUCUUCAGCUUUCUCGUCCUCAAGAAGUCAGUAUGGUGCGGAAUUUAAUUCAGAAAGACAGAACCUUUGCUGUCCUUGCAUACAGUAAUAUACAGGAAAGGGAAGCACAGUUUGGAACAACAGCAGAGAUAUAUGCCUAUCGAGAGGAACAGGAUUUUGGAAUUGAGAUAGUGAAAGUGAAAGCAGUUGGAAGACAAAGGUUCAAAGUCCUUGAGCUAAGAACACAGUCAGAUGGAAUCCAGCAAGCUAAAGUGCAAAUUCUUCCUGAAUGUGUGUUGCCUUCAACCAUGUCUGCAGUUCAGUUAGAAUCCCUCAAUAAGUGCCAGAUAUUUCCUUCAAAACCUGUCUCAUGGGAAGACCAGUGUUCAUAUAAAUGGUGGCAGAAAUACCAGAAGAGAAAGUUUCAUUGUGCAAACCUGACUUCAUGGCCUCGCUGGCUGUAUUCCUUAUAUGAUGCUGAAACCUUAAUGGAUAGAAUCAAGAAACAGCUACGAGAAUGGGAUGAAAAUUUAAAAGAUGAUUCUCUUCCUUCAAAUCCAAUAGAUUUUUCUUACAGAGUAGCUGCUUGUCUUCCUAUUGAUGAUGUAUUAAGAAUUCAGCUCCUUAAAAUUGGUAGUGCUAUCCAACGACUUCGCUGUGAAUUAGACAUUAUGAAUAAAUGUACUUCCCUUUGCUGUAAACAAUGUCAAGAAACAGAAAUAACAACCAAAAAUGAGAUAUUCAGUUUAUCCUUAUGUGGGCCAAUGGCAGCUUAUGUGAAUCCUCACGGAUACGUGCACGAGACGCUUACCGUGUAUAAGGCUUGCAACUUGAAUCUGAUAGGCCGGCCUUCUACAGAUCACAGCUGGUUUCCUGGGUAUGCCUGGACUGUUGCCCAGUGUAAGAUCUGUGCAAGCCAUGUUGGAUGGAAAUUUACUGCCACCAAAAAAGACAUGUCACCUCAAAAAUUUUGGGGUUUAACUCGAUCUGCUCUGUUGCCCACGAUCCCAGACACUGAAGAUGAAAUAAGUCCAGACAAAGUAAUACUAUGCUUGUAAACAGAUACAAUAGGGAUAAAGUUCUAAGAUCAGAUCUGCUUUGGAAAUAUUGCCUCACAUGCAUACAUAAGUAAACAACAUUACAUGGAGGGUUGCAGUUUCUUAGUCAAACUGUAUUUGGAGAUUUAAUUUAAAGUAUACUUUAGGAGGGGAAGAAAAGCAGUCUAGAACGUAAGUUUGGUUUUAGGAAUAUCUACUUUGGUAGCCUGGUACCAUUAUUCUGUGGAAUCUGAUAUGUCUGGCAGUUAUGUCAUUGAUAGGACACAAAGACAGCUUUGAAAGUGAUGAGAUUAUUUUCUGCAUAAAACAUUUUAAAUUUCUAUAAUGUAAAACGAAUCAUUUGAUCCUGAUGUAUGGGACAGCAUAUUUGCACCAGUGCUCCAAAUGACAAAAGCUAGGGUGCCAAGCACAAGUACAUGUUCCUUUUUGAAAGAGGCAAGGCAAUGUGUAUCAUUUCAAAAGGGCUUUGUUCCUUUAAAUUUUCUUUAGCUUCUCUGAGAUACUGAUUUGUAAAAUUUGAAAUUAUUAAAGAGUUAAAAUAUGCAGUUUGAGCCUAAAAAUAAAGUUUUCAUUUCCUUUGUCUGUUAG